AUGGCCUUCUAUUCUAGGGCGAAGUUUAAAGCACCCGCUAUCAAUGGAUCGAUUCUAGUUAGAAUCGAUUUUUUAAUANUUGGUGAAAUUUUUGAUGAAUGGUUACCAGAACCAACUCCAGGACAAAAACGAAAGAUAGGACAUCGAAGAGAUGACCCACCAACACCACCUUCUCCACGACAACCACCACCAAUUAUUCCUAGACGAACAUUACCACCAAGAGAUCCAAACAAACCACUAGUUGGAGGAUCACUUCACUCGACACCAAACGUAGAGAAUAAUGACAAGCAGCAACAUUCUUUUAAUUCACUGUUCCCAAUUGAGAAACGAAAUAAAUCACCAGCUAGAGUCCUAUUGACAACAAAUGAACCAUCAAUGAUAAUAUCACCAAUACAAAGUUCGACACCAGCACCACUUGGAAGAUCACCCUCUGUUAUACCAAAGAAUCCCAUGAUACAGUAUAGUUCAUUUAAUUUUUCAAUUCUACCUAUUGAAUGUCGAUACCAUUUUAAAAAAACGAAACAGAGAUGUACAUUUGAAACAAUAAAAAUACAUCAAGAAUUUCUAGAAAAAAAAUACAAGAUGCUAGAAGAUGAAAGAGAAGAUAAAUUACAGACAUCAUUCAUCAGACAGACAUGGACACAAGUAGUCAAUUUCAUUCAAAAUAUAAUUGAGAAACCGCUUGAAAAUAAAAAGAACAGUGAUCGAAGAAGAUUAGGCAAUCUUCUGUUAGAUCAAAUGAAGAAAAAGGCAACAUUCGACAUUGAAAAAAAAGGAACACCAGUAGAACAACAACAUAUAUAUAACUUACAUGAAAAAUUUAUGAGAAAAUUAAAUCUUCAGUUACAAUUAGAUAAACUUGAAAAGAGAUUUGUAGAAAAUAUGCCACCACCAUCUCUCAACAUUUUUGAUAAAUUAGAAUUACAUGCAAAAGAACUGAAAAUAGAUAAUAAUCAUCUUAAAUCACUUCGAGAACAGUGGAAAAAUACACUUCGAAAGACAAAAUUAGAUUUGACUAAUUUAAUGAGACAAGCAAAAAUAAUUGAAAUAGAAGAACUACAUCCACAUUUUACUAGAAUUAGUUUUCCACCACAAGCAAAUAAUAAAGCACUCAUAAUGAAUGAUACAGAAGCACGAGUUCUAAAUUUAGGACCUAAAUUUGUUCCACCAGCACCACAACAAGUGCUAGAACGUUUAUCUAAAGAAAUAGAGCAAAUGAAAGACAAAGUAGCUGAAGCAUGGAGAAGAGCAACUAAAACUAUUGGACGAGAACCUCCUCUUGUAAAUAAAUUUUGUCAACGAAUAGAUGAAGAAAUAAGNAAUAAUAAAGCACUCAUAAUGAAAGAUACAGAAACACGAAUCCUAAAUUUAGGACCAAAAUUUGUUCCACCGGCACCACAGCAAGUGCUAGAACGUUUACCUAAAGAAAUAGAGCAAAUGAAAGACAAAGUAGCUGAAGCAUGGAGAAGAGCAACUAAAACUAUUGGACGAGAACCUCCUCUUGUAAAUAAAUUUUGUCAACGAAUAGAUGAAGAAAUAAGACAGUGCAUAGCAACAGAAGCACAACGAGAUCCUACAUUAAAACCAGCAAUAAAAUACUUUCAAAAAAUUCAAAAACAAGAAAAAAUCAUUUUUAGACAAACAGACAAGUCAAAAGUGUUUCAUGCAGAUACGAAAGAAAAUUAUAUAGAAAAAUCAGAAGCAUAUAUGAAAAAAACAAGUGCAUAUAUAGAAGUACCAACAUCACCAUUAAAAGAAAUGAUAGAAAAAACAGAUAAAUUUCUACGUAAUCUAGUUUCGACUAAACAAAUGCCUCAAUCACUAUUAGACAAAUUAAGACCAUCAAUGACAGAAUCUGAACUACCUCAUUUAUAUUACAACCCUAAAGAUCAUAAAAUAGGUGAACCACUUCGACCUAUAGUGAGUGGUAUAAAAUCACCAUUAGCAAAAAUAGCUAGUUUUCUUGAUAAGAAAAUUCGACCGAUCUUUGACAAGCAUACUCCAUAUUCAAUUUCUAACUCAACAACACUUUUAAGAUACUUGAAAGAAUAUAAGACAACUUCGGAAUCAAGCAUAUACACAUUUGAUAUAUCUGAUCUAUAUACAAUGAUUCCUCAAAAAGAAGCAGUAUUGGCAGUAUACAAUUCCUUUUUUGUUCUUCAAUUACCUGGACUUGAAGUCAAAUAUUAUAAACAAGUUAGAGGCGGAGCUAUGGGAUCAGCCUGUACUCAAGUACUGGCUGAUAUUUAUGUGAGAAAAUGGGAAAGCUCAUUCGUACAACAACAACAGAAUCAACAAGAAUUAUACUUCCGAUUUAGAGAUGAUGUCUUUCUAACAACAAAAUUACCACCAGAAAAAAUAAAAAAUACACUUGAAGAAUUAAAUAGAUCCGAUCGUAAUAUCAAUAUACAAUGGGAAGGAGGAAAAUCAGUAGACUAUCUAGAUGUCACAGUAACCAUUGAUAUUCCAAACUUUAAAACGACAAUAUAUCGUAAACUAGCGGCUCAACCAUAUGUACUUCCAUUUAAUUCAUCACAUCCAUCACAUAUUAUGAGAAAUAUACCGUAUGCUGCAGCAUUAAGAUUAACACGAAUCUGUUCACAGUCCGACGACCUUAGAGAAGAAUUAGAUAGAUUGAGGAUAAUGUUAUUACUAAAUAAAUAUCCACCAAAAUUCGUUGAUCAACAAAUAACUAGAUUCUAUAAAGAUCUAACUGGUGAAAAAUCUUCCGAUGCAUUAUUAGGUAAAGAACAUGGAAAAUAUAGAGAAAUAACAUUAAAUGAACAAUGGAAUAAAAAGACAAAAAGACCAAUAGAUUUUAAAACUGAUAUACUAUGUCAUUUUUCGUACACACCCGCAUUGGCACGAUUCGAUACUAAUUUCCACCAAAUAUGGAAUGAAAUCUUUGAAGGAACACCAUUAGAUAACACCCAUAUAGUCUACGCUAAUAGAUUAACCGAUAGUUUAAAACAACUACUAGUAAAGAAACGACCGAGUAAACAAGUAUUAAAAUUACCACCUCAAUAA